UUUUAACGAAUUCAUUCUUUCGGUAUCCAACACAUCUAACAGAGUGACAUAAUCGGAAUGUAUUUUCAAUUUGUGUUCGCGAUUCUGGUUGUUCUGUUCUUAUACGCUAAAAAUGUGCGGACCCUGGAACCGAUUUACGGAAUUUACCGGGAUAGUUCCAAGUAUUUCUACUUGAAAUUUUGUGCUAUGUACCUCUUAUUGACGCUACGAAGACGUAAAACUGCUGAUAUUGAAGAGCUGGAAAAAAGGCAUCAAUUGUCGGAGAAUCCAAUGGCAGCUGAUGCAGUCUACUUUCAUGGUGUCUCUGACGAUAAUUGUAUUUUAGCUCUGGCUACUGCCCAGCGCAAGAACAAUCGAGUGAAUGCCUUUGUCAUUCUUCGAAUCCCAGAGUUCAGCGAUCAAAUUCUGGUCUCACCUAAGUGGCCGGAUUCGACGUUAAUUCAAACCGACUCUGAGUAUAAAGAUGACCAUAAUUAUGCUGUUGAAGGGAUCAAACUGACACCGAUUAUACCAAUGAGAACAUGGAAGUUGUCAUACAACGGGAAAUUGAAACUCGAAAAGGAUCAAUCUCAAACGUUUGAUGUGAAAAUUGAUGCAAUUUGGACAACAAAUCUGCCGCAUUACAAUUUCGAUACUGAUAUGCAUCCGAAGCCUAUAGCAAAAGCUAUGGCAAUGGAACCAUGGAGUAAAGAAUAUUUUAAAAAUCUUGAACGUUUCCAUCAAACCCACUACGAGCAACAUGGUGACGUAAGAGGAACAGCUACAAUUGACGGCAAAGACUAUACGAUAUUCACAAAUUCAUUAAGAGACCAUACCGUUGCUGAUUUGAGGGAUUGGAAGAAUUUUCAUCGAUAUGCGAUACAUUUCUUAACGUUGGAGAAUGGUGACCGAUUGACCGUUGGAGCCAUUUGCACUCCAGUUUUGUUCUCGAGUUUUGUAAUGGGAUUCAUCACGAAAGCUAAACUUGGUGUGAAUCAUGCCAUUACCGAUUGUGACUUCAAGCUUUAUCAACACGGAGAAGAGGAAAAACCUCCAACAGAUUAUGGUUUUACAUUUUGGGCAGGUGGCGAACGUUACGUAGUUCAAGCGCUUGGAUAUGAAAAAGUUGAAUUUUACAUGGGAACUGAAGCUGAGGCAAGAUUGGUAGAACAAUACACUACUUGCACCGUGAAUGGAGUUCGCGGUUGGGGCUUCUGCGAAUGGUGUUACAGACAUGUGGACGGGCUACCACAAUAGGAAUAUUUUUUUUGGAAAAAAUGAGAAAUAAAAUAUUUUUUUUAUUGAAACUC